AUGCCUGGCGGAGGUGUCUGUGCUGUCCUCGACUAUGAGGUCGACAUGAUGGCCGAAUACGUCGCCGAGAUGGCCAUCGAGCUGGUCCUUCCUCAGUCACCGGUCUCCCCAUCUUUCCGAAAGUUCGUCUCUCAGAUUCUGUCGUCCACGCGCCUGCCCAAGGCUACCAUCCUCCUCGGCAUGAACUACCUCUCCAAGCGGGUGAAUGGCCUGAAGGCUAUCGGAACCUUCCAUCCCAUCGAGGGACAGGUCUGGCGAAUGUUGACCAUCGCCUUGCUACUUGGCAGCAAGUUUCUCGACGACAACACCUUCCAAAACCGAUCUUGGUCCGAGGUCUCUGGCAUCUCGGUUGCCGAGCUGAACAAGCUCGAGGCCGAAUGGCUCGUGGGCAUUGGCUGGAACCUCUACGUCAAUCUCGAGAGGAGCGAGGACUACAACGCAUGGCUAGACAACUGGAGCCAGUGGAUGGGUCGCAAGAAGAUGGCCCAGACCCUGGCUAGUCGUGAGAGGCUCGCUGCUCUUGUGCCUCCCAUCGAUACCGACUUCGCUCGCCCCCGCAACCAGGCAUACACCCUCUGGCACCAGCAACAGGUUGCUGAGUACGAGCGUCUUUCUAGCAUGAAGCGCACCGAGCAAUCUCAGCAGCAGGCAGGAUACCGCCCACAGGAGAUGGCUUGGAACCAGUACUCGGCCGGUCCUUGGUCGAGCGCUCCCCUCACCCCGCCAGACUCUGGCUAUGGUACUCCCGAGUACCCGGCCUCUGCGACGUCCGGCAACGGUCAAUUCUACGGCGACUGGUUCAAUCGGGCCUUUGCCAACGAUGCCCAGGCUCAGCGAUACUCUCGACAGAACUCGGCCCACAAUAUUUACCAUCACGGUCGUCACUCUCAGUACACUGGCUACUACAACUACGGCCAAAACAUCUGGGAUAACAACGUCGCAGAGUGCCCCUGCGCUAACUGCACCGGUCCUGUCGGCUUGAAGAAUCAACCUUACUUCAUGCCAACUGCUGCCUACGGUCAAGCUGUCCUUGGCUGA